AAUUCAAUUUUCUGCCAAACUUGACUGACACCUGUCACAUUCAACGGUGUUGCGCGUUCGUAAAUUAAUCAGUUAUUCUGUGCCCUGGCACACUCAAACGAGAGCGAUUUGGAAAUCGGAGUAGAUAGCCAAAAGUAAUUUACGAAUGCACGCUAAAUCGACAUGAUUGAUUGGACGAUUAGGACCAAUGGGAGUAGAGAACGAGAUGUGACGAGUUGACUUUAGUCUUUCGGUCCUUUUUGUUGUUGCACGAACGGUGCUGAGGCAGGCAGUGAAGAAGGCGCGACCACACCACUUUUUCAGCAUUUGAAGGCAAAGCAACCCUCAGUACUCUGCUGAAAUGGCGUCCUCUGGAGAGAUCCUGGUCAAGGAGUUGGACAAGCGUGCUUCAGGUCAAGCAUUUGAGGUAAUCUUGGCCCCCGAUGCCAAGGGUGAAAUCCCCCUACCUCCCCCAAAGGAGAAGAAGGAGUUGUCCCUGGAGGAAAUCCAGAAGAAACUGGAGGCUGCAGAGGAGAGACGCAAGAGUCAUGAAGCAGAGGUGCUGAAGCACUUAGCUGAGAAGAGAGAGCACGAGAAGGAAGUUCUGAAGAAAGCCAUGGAGGAGAACAACAACUUCAGCAAGACAGCAGAGGAGAAGCUCAAUCAGAAGAUGGAAGCCAACAAAGAGAAUCGCACGGCACGAAUGGCAGCUCUCAAUGAGAAAUUCAAAGAGAAGGAUAAGAAGCUUGAGGAGGUACGAAAGGCCAAGGAAACAAAACCAGAGGGGGAGAACUGAUUUUCUUUUGUAAUAAUAAAAAAAAAAACAUUUUUGUUCUGUUCAUUGACAGUAUUAUAUUUUUCAUUGUUAUAGUUUUGUUCACCUUGUUUGGAUUAGUUAGGCUGUCCAUUGUUGCUUUUGUUGUGGAUGUUUAAGUAUUUCUUCCCCCACCUCCAGUAGAUUUGUGUAUUGUAGCUUAUGACCUUUGAAAUAAGCAGUGUUUUUACCUAUAAGGAAGCAUGCCACUGUUACACAUUGGUCCUUAACAUUGUGAAUUGCAUAAUGUAAGUAAAUCCUUGUACCUUGUAAAACUGCGGUUAUCUGAGCUUAAUAAAGUUGCAAUUGUUCUUCAAAACC